UGCAGCUAUGGGAAGUACAGGGGCUGUUGCUAUGAGGCCGGUGGUUUCCUUCUCUCCAAACUGGGCCACAAUAUCUCGGCAUGAAACUAUAACUCUCACAUGUACCGUGGGUCCUACUGCUCCGCUGAGCCAGAGAUAUUCCUGGUACAGGGACAAUGAGACGAUAAAUGGAGAGGAACGGAGCUUUAUAAUUGGGAAAGCAGAAGAGAAGGACAGUGGGAAUUACCAGUGCCAGGCUGGUACCAGUGAGAGAAGUGACCCAGUCAGACUCAACGUUACAAAUGAUCGUGUGAUUCUGCAGGCGCCCCCAAGUGUUUAUGAAGGGGACCCCCUGACUCUGAGAUGUUACAAUCCUUAUACUAAAGCACAAAAUGUAACGUUCUAUAAAGAUAAUGUAACCAUAUCGUCCUCCCUUACUGACACUCUGACUUUGGUUGGAAGCAUGGCCAUGAAUGGUACCUACACAUGUAUAAAGUACCUGCAGCGCCACGCUAUUCGUUACUCUCCUUAUACAUCUGCUGAAAUAGUUAUAACCAUCCAAGAGCUGUUUCCCAGGCCAGAGAUCAGAGCGGCUAAUGAUUCGGUACAGGAGGGAGAUGUACUGACCCUAUCCUGCCAUACGGCCCUUAAUCCAGCCAGAGGCGCUACACAGCUACAGUUUGCUUUCUACAGAAAUGGGCACAAUGUGCAGGGAUUCAGUUCUUCCAGUAAUUACACCAUCCAAUCAGCUCGGCCUCAGGACUCUGGGAAUUAUACCUGUGAUACAGCAGCUCCAUCAGUCAGUGUGACGAAGGGGAGCCCAGGCUUAUCCAUCCACAUACACGGAGGAACCCUGAGAGACAGACGUUACACCAUAGAGAAUACCAUAAGGCUUGCCCUGGCUGUGUGUAUACUCCUCUCUGGCUCAUUGCUCUCUUACUGCCAUAUCAAGAGACAAGUCAACUAAACUUUAAUGGCUGUUAUCAUUCCACAUAUUUUCCUUUUUAACACCCAUGUUUGCAUUUUCAUGCACAAUAUAUUGGUUCUAUGCUGUUUUCCAUUACAUAAUGCACCCCAUGUUUACAAAAUGAUAUAUUUGGGAUAACUCUGGCUUGGUUGUCUAUUCCUUUUCUUUUGACACUUUCAGGCUUAUAAAGCAUAUGGUCAUUUUUCAGAGAUAAUCCAAAUAUUUGCAGUCAGAUCUGCAAGGAUUUGUGCCUAAUACAAAAUGGGCAUGCUUCUUUAGCUUGUCUUUCAACAGACACAAACUGUAGCUCCAUCCUAUACAUUUUUGGUAAACUGAGACAAAACACAGUUAGUAAUAAAGCAAACAUUGCUGAAUGCAAAAUCUGUCAGCUUCAGAAUCAGGUGCCAACAUCAUCAUCAUCAUCAUCAUACCCAAAACCUUACUACCCCAUAUGUCCAUCAAAGCAAUGUGUAACCAAAGCUGAAGAACCCUCUCUGUGUCUCUAAUGUUUAUUAUAAGAGACGGUAAGGGAAGUAAGAGGAGAUUUGUAAGGUAAAAUGAAAACCAGGGCAAGAUUAAUCACAAAGGCCAGCAGAAUGAAGGGACUGGAGGUGAUCAACAGUGUAAAAUACAGAUAAAAGAUCCAGAAGUAGCAGUGAGAAGUGUUUUUGGCUUGGUAUCCCUAUGCAUAUUGUUCAUCAAAAUCUUCAGAAGACACCAACAAAUCAUAUUCAUAGUGUUCUACCUAAUGAUAUGUUGGUGAUAUAUUCAGGAAUUUUCUCAAAACUACUACCCAUAGCAAACUUUAACCUUUAGGAAGUAUGGAGUAGAAAGAACUAUUUACCCAUUCAUGAUCCAUCUCAAUGAGUACUUUCUGAAAACAAAUGGUUUUCUGGGGUCAGCAUACUUUUUGUCGCUUUUCCCAUGUAUAAAAUGCAGUAAAGUUGUUGAUUUUGCCAUUGCUAAAAUGACAGCCAUCAAAAUGCAUAUGCACUACUCUACUACUACUCAUUUUGACGGUCUCUACAUUCCACAUUAUUAUUCUAUGCAUAUUAAAAAUGAAACUGUUCAGAAGACCCGGCUGUUGAUGUUAUUUUUUGAGCUAAACAGGACAUGUCAGGUCCUUGCAAGGUAGGUAGAUUCCAAGAGCACAGGUAACCCCUCUGCAUAAUGGACUCCAAUAUAUGUAUACUGGGAAUCUUACCCUUAUCUGUCUCACAAGGCCCAAACAUGGAGUAUUGCCAGUUUCCCUGUUUAGCUCAAGAAGUAACUACAACCAGAGACUUGAUGAUGAUGAUAAAGCGGUGUACUGCCCCUUUAAGAAUAAAAGUAAAAUAGCUAUUGAGGCUUAAAUGAGACCAUCCAAACCUCUGAAAAAUAAGAAUAAUAUUCAAGUUUGUGUACAAAAAUAUAUGGUUUUAUUAUAAAAGGGGAUUAUUUCUUUAACACAGAAUGAUUUUACAGCACAGUAUACAAAACAUUUCUGGAGAUCCUUAUGAUAAAUAAAAAGAUCAUCAAAGCUUU